CAAUUUACCUUUAUUGUAACGCGGGGCGGAACCCUGUACCUGCUGCCAUGGUAUCGCUGAGAGGGAUUGGAGAUCAUAGAAACCUGUCAGCUUCGCUUGCAGCUUGCCAUGUUGCCAUGGAGAGUAGACUUCGAUCAUGUGUUUGAAUUUAUUGACGUUGCGAGUAUAUUGUGCUUCAGCUAUGGCAAGUCUUGGAAGCGGGGGUUGCAUGGUGUGGGCCUUUGUGGACUUUGAAGGGGUCAACGAAGCUCGGGAGAGUGAUUGAAUUUGAGUGCAGUGGCCUUGGAGCAUUCAGGAUGGGUGGGAAGCUGUAGUUUGCUGGGGUUUAAUGAGCGGGAGGAUGAGGACGUCGAGAGAUGGCUCGCUGGAAUUGUUCGGGGAUGAUUACAGACGGAGGGUUGAGCACUUUCGCAAGCCUCCACGACCUCAUGGACGAAGACGGAAGUUGUGCGGAGGGAAAGCAAGGAGGAGCGGGGGGAACCUUACCACUUUCCAGAAAUUGGACCGGGAGAUGGGCAGAUUCGUCAACGCCCAGAAAGGAUUGGAAGGUGCGAGGAGCAAUGGAUUUUUCAGUAUGCAUGGUUCCGAGGAGGAUAGCAGUGUCAGGGGGGUGAGGCAUGGCGUGAAAUGGAAAUGCGGGUGGAUGUUUGAGCAGGAUAGUUUGUAUUGGGAAACAGUGCGACGACAAAAUGUGUCCGGGGGCGAAGAGCAAGAUUCAUGGCGGGAGCGUGCAUAUGCCAGACUUGAUGCUGUGAAGGAGAAGGAUGCCGGAAGUGUAACUUCGCGCGAUUCCAGCAGCCCGUUGGGAUAUGAUGGGGCUUUGAGGCAUCACUGCAGCACCGACCAUGAAUCUAUUAGCUCAGGUAUGGGAUUGCACCUUCGGCCGACCCGUGCUAGAGCUAAAAAGAAUGGGAGCAGACGAGAUGAGAUGAGUGUAGAGGUAACUCGUGACGCUGAGAAGUACCCUUCGAGGAACCAGAAAAGUUCGACUGACCGUGGAAGAAAUGGUCGAGCGGAUGCGAAAGCGAAGAAAGAUUGGCCUGCAUUUCUGAGGGUUAAAUGUGAGGUAUUGCAAAUGGAGAAAGAAUUUGCCGAUCAGAGAUUGCAGCAACAGACUUCGGAGAUGGCUCAGGCUGCGGAGAUAGCGCACUAUCUUCGUUCGACCGUGCAAAACAUACUUGAGAGUGCAAAAAGGGGGACCGUAUCAGCUCCUUGUACACCUGGGAGACAUGAAGCAGAGGACAGCCCUGGGCUCCUACAGAGAAUUCAGCGGCUCCAAAAAUUUAACGUGCAAAGUAAUCUACAGGACCAAGCUAAGGAUUUUCAAAACAGGAUCGAGAACCUGAGACUUAAAUCUCAGGUACGAAGUGCAGCCUCGAGCUUCCGCAAAGACCUCAAUCCCAAGGCGCGUGUCAGCACCUCCCCAGCGGUCACAUCAGACGGGGAGGAGUGGGCACAAGUCCAAGAGGUGUUGAAGCUAUUAAGAGGCAAAGCAGAAUCCUUACAGCAGAGUUGUGAAAACUGGGAGAAGCGGGCCUUCUUCGCUGAGGCGAAAGCUGCUUCUUUGCAGAUUGAGGAAGAGAAAUGGCGAACGGAAGCGCAAAAAGCGGAGGAGAAAGUGCGAGACUUGGAGAGGGAACUUGUGCAGGUUAGAGCCGUCCUGGAAGAAGUCAGAAACCGCCAUGCUCUCGAGCAGAGCCGGUUACUGGGCUCUGGCAACAAUCACGGGUACACUGUGGUUUUGCAGCCGAUUGUGACAAGCCAUGGGAGCGCCAAUAGCAAAUGUGCCGUUUCAUCGAACUGUGAAGGCAAUUGUUACGGCUCUGGUUUAGAGCAUCAUCAAACAGAUUGUGAUCACCAAACUGAAGCUGUCUCAAUGGACCGCAGAAUUGGAAGCGAUGAGAUACGUGGACACGACGAACUUUCAAGUCCCAACGACGUCGUGGCUGCACCUACAACCCCCAGUCCAUACAGAGGACUGAGCGAGGCCAGCACCCAAGGCAGCAGCAGACACAGAUACGAAGGGUUAUUGGAAGGCGACGGCGAUGAUACUCCAAUCAAAAUUCCAAAAGACUCUGGGCAAACUAAUGUUCACGAAAUUGCAAAAUCCGAGGUGCAGAAGUCUUUGUCACAGAAGUGGUUUAAGCAAAGACCCAAGAGCAGGAGGCCCACUACUCCUGGCUGUGAGGUGGGAAUAUCUGAUGCUCGUUCAAACCUUGGAAGUAGUUCCAUUCGGGGCAAAGUCCAUGCAGCAGGAGGGUCGAGUGGUCAAAACGCUCUUCGCAAGCCAGGACCGGUGCUUAGUGGCAACACGAGGGCGGGCUCUUCCGGUUCUUUACUCGAGAAGAGAGCUCCUCUUAAAGAAAUCAAACGCAACACUCCUUCUCACACUGCAACAAAAGUUGAGUGGUCGUAGCUGCAGUCAGCACACAUGUGCGGACUAAUGCACCAAAUUGGGGACCUUCUAUUCAGGCUUUCAAUAGCUUUUUGCCUCACAUAGUCGAGAAGGUUUUGGUAGUGUGGGAGCUUCCUGUUGCAGAGUGUUGCAUCAAUCCGCCACCUGAGGCUGUGGAGGUCUCGAACACAAUCUUCGACAUAUGUUCUAUAAGUUUCGCCUCAACGAAGACAUUUUCGACUUACAUGAAUUGAACUGGGAAUAUUCGCAGGACAUGGGUUAGUGAUGUAACGUUGGAGUCCUCCAUUUGCAUCAGGUCAUAGCUAGGCUCCCAUGCAACUGACAACCUCUUCAAUACCCAAUAUUCAACGCCCCCAAAGAGCUGUGAAACUGCACAGAAUCUGUCAGUUGAUUUGAAGCACAAUCUGAAUGCAAGUGAACAGGGAUAAAAAGUAAGCUUGAGGGCACUGUGAUUGCAAAAUUCACCAUUCACUAACACCAUCUGAAAAGAGGAUCUGGCUGUGUAUUGUGUUCAGAAACUCAGUGUGCGGAGUUGACCUAGAAGUCUUUGAAGCCGGUCAAAUAAUGCCAGUUUGAAUAGGCACCACUUUGAAUAUGCUAGCUCAAUUCAGAUAUUUGAUGUCUUAGCACCAUUCAAAGCCAAUGGACUGUUGUUAGAUUACCUUCCAUCACAUCCACUCUCUUCCAGAGUAAUGGUUGUCUAUUGAAGUUCCGGCCUUGAUUUACAUGAUUUUGUGUUACCCUUGA